GCAGUGGCGCCAUGGCGGGGGGAAGCGCCGGGCGCGUGCUGGCGCGCGCCGCAGGGCGGGGCUGGGCCGGCGAGGGGAGGCUGCCAGGCCCCGAGGAGACGCUGGCGCUGCUGGAGGCUGCCGUGGUGCACCGGGAAGGAGCUCUGCUGGCGCUCAGCAAGCCGCCGGGGCUGCCCGUGUGCGGCGGCGGCGGGGAGCUGAGCCUGGCGGCGCUGCUGCCCGCGCUGAGCCGGCGCCUGGGCCUGCCGGCCGAGCUGCACGUGGUCAAGGCCCCCGGCAGGGAGAGCUCCGGCCUCGUCCUCCUGUCCGGCUGCCGCCGCGCCACCGAGCGCCUCCACCGCUUCUUCGCCCGAGCGCGCAGGGGGGGCCGCUGCCCCGCCACGUACCGCGCUGUCACCGUGGGGGUCCCGGCAGAGCCCGAGGGCCGGGUGUGCGUGGGGCUGCGCCGGCAGCGGCUGGGCGACGCCGUCUUGGUGGUGCCCGUGGCGGCUCCGUCCCGCGGCAGCCUGGCCAGGAAGGAGGUGAAGAAGACCCAGACGAGCUACCGGGUGCUGGGGGCGGCGGGGGGCUGCGCCCUGCUGGAGCUGCAGCCCAAGACAGCCUUCCCCGGGCAGCUCCUGGCGCACCUGGCGCUGCUGCUGUGCCCGGCGCUGGGCGACCACGAGGGCUGCGCCGGCGUGGGCCGCGUCCUGGGCCAGCCCUUCCUGCUGCCCCCCGCCGCCGCCGCCGCCCGGCCCCGCGCGCAGGUGCUGGACGAGGAGCUGGAGCGCCGGCUGCAGCUGGCGCCGGGGCCGCGCCGGGGCCGCCUCCCCCUGCACCUCCACCUGCAGGAGCUGGCGCUGCCGGCGGCCGUGCUGACGGCCCCGCCGCCCCCCUUCUUCCUGCGCACCCUGCGCCUCCUGGGGCUGCCCGGCGCCCCGCCGCCCCCCCAUUAAAGCCUGCUGCGUGCCCA